AUGGCCACCGUCUGUUCAGGAAGGAAAAACUAUGGGAUGGGGUUGAAGCUUCUGUCUAUCUGGCCACCUUCCUCAAGUAUCUGA